AUGGCAACGACCAUCUUGCGUGAAAAACCUUUCAGCUGCUCAAUCUGUAAAGCAUCUUUUACGCAGAGAGAAAGUUUAAAGAGACACAUGUUAACUCACACAGGAGAGAAACCUUUCAGCUGCUCAGUCUGUAAAACAUCUUUUACGCAGAGAGAAAGUUUAAAGAGACACAUGUUAACUCACAAAGGAGAGAAACCUUUCAGCUGCUCAGUCUGUACAACAUCUUUUGCGCAGAGAGGAACUUUAAAGAGACACAUGUUAAUUCACACAGGAGAAAAACCGUUCAGCUGCUCGGUCUGUAAAAGAUGUUUUAAAGAGAGAGGAAAUUUAAAGACACACAUGUUAACUCACACAGGAGAGAAACCUUUCAGCUGCUCAUUCUGUAAAAGAUGUUUUACACAGAGCAGUCAUUUAAAGAGUCACAAGUUAACUCACACAGGAGAGAAACCUUUCAGCUGCUCAGUCUGUAAAACAUGGUUUAGAGAGAGAAAAACUCUAAAGAAAGAAAAUGGCGCCAUUCACAUGUUAACUCACACAGGAGAGAAACCUUUCAGCUGCUCAGUCUGUAAAACAUCUUUUACAGACGGAGGAACUUUAAAGACACACAUGUUAACUCACACAGGAGAGAAACCUUUCAGCUGCUCAGUCUGUAAAAUAUGUUUUGCAAAGAGAGGGAAUUUAAAGAGUCACAUGUUAACUCAUACAGGAGAGAAACCAUUUUAGUUGUUCUUGUUUCGGUAAAGUUGACAUUUAUUCCACUCCCUCACUUGUCAUGAAGACCGUGAGAAACCUCCCUCGUUGAUCACCGUUCUGACUUGGGAUUAAUGGAUGUCAGGAUCAGUUAAACAUGAAUUAAUUAGGCAAACCAAAAGCUGGAGACAGCAAUGAGAAGAUGCUUAGGACGAAGAUGUACUGAGAACGGAGUUAAAUGAAGAAUUUGGGAAUUUCAAACAGAGAUGAGGCAUAAAGUCCACCUCCUCUCGUCCCACCUGCACUCUGUUUUGUGGUGCAACCAUAAAGUAAUGCUCGAUUCAAAGAAACAAUGGAGUCAAUCUGUAAAGAUGUGCCCACAUUUCAAUUAUUGUACACAAAUCUAUGUACAGGUUAUAAGUGAAUGUAGAAACAGUGACAAUGAAAAUAUCAUACCAUGUUUAUGCCAAAAAAAAUAGCCGGACACUGCAGGGAUUCGAACCCCAUCCCAGUAAAGCAGGAGUACCAUUACCAGUGCCUUGUUUUCUUUUUGAGGCUUGUGGGUUAUAAUAUAUUUUUCAUCACACCUUUUUUUUUUUAAGAACUUUUUAUUUUGCAUUUUCCACAAACAGAUUA